AUGUCAACCUUACAGUUACAAAGCCAAAGUCGUGACGUCCCUCGUCAGGACGGAGAUACCGUCCGUUUCUGGGUUCGUGCGUUCGACGUCAUGGGCAACACUGCUGACGACUACGUCACCAUCCACGUGGACUCAUCACCACCUGUCAUAGAGGACAUCUUUCUGUCACGAGGGGGAGUCGACACUUUGGCAGUACACGAUUCAAAAGAUCUUUAUGAGAUGACAGCAAUUUUCACUGCCUUCGAUGACCACAGCGGCCUUCACAACAUCCACUGGGAGUUACACGACAUGGCAGACCCCACUGUCGUCCAUGGGGAGGGGCAGGUAGCCGUCAGGAGGCCUUCGACUCUGUAUCCCGAAUGUCCUCCACCAUACUGCACCUGCAUUCCCAAAGAUGAACAGUGUUACUUCCGUAACUAUGAAUUCACACCGGAUGCAGACAAGAUGAACAUCUCAACAGGUAGCCAUGAUCACGACUAUUACAUCGUCAUCACGGCUACAAACAACGCCAUGCUGCAGGCACAAGGAAGAUUUCAGAUAACCGUUGAUACCAGCCCGCCGCUGCCCGGGCACGUCCAUGACAGUUUGCCGGAGGAAAUGGACCUCGACUCCCAGCAGGACAGCGUCAUACAGGCAUCAUGGGAAGGUUUCUUUGACAGGGAAAGCGGCAUCAUGUUCUACAUGUAUGGCUUUGCCGAGGACUGUCUGGAAAAUGUGACUGAAUUCGAGAAUAAUCUCCAAGUAUACGUACAGAACACCACGUCAACUCACGCCCAAUGGGAAGCGGCGCACCCAGGUCUAUAUCACUGCACGGUUAUUGCCUUCAACCGUGCACUGCAGCCAUCGGAAUCUGUCUGCUCCGACGGUGUGACCAUAGAUGUGACACCGCCCGUCAUAACAGACCUGGUGGUGGACAAUCUGCACUACACACCGGGAGUUAUCAGGGGCAGGGACGGUGACGUCUGGAUGAUUGACAGCAGCGGAUUCAGGCAACCAAUCGUCGAACCAUCUCCAGUAUGCAGGAACGUUUCUAGGGAAGUGGAUGACGUCAACCUGAGGCCUGCUCUAGAGCUACUGUCGAACGGAACAGAUCAUCCGGGGUAUAAAGAUAGCGACUGCCUUAGCUUCGGCGCCUUUCCUGGCAACGGAUUCUUAUCAAGGGAGAACAUGUUCUCGCUACGAUGGAAUGGUGAGGACCCCGAAAGUGACAUAUAUGACUACGAAGUUGGACUCAGCAGCACGCUAACUCCAGAUCUCCCCGACAUCAUGCCGCUCACAUCCACUAACGCUCACUCCCACUUCAUAACGUACCAUCCCAACCUGGAUGAAGGGAAGCAGUUCUACUUAGUACUGAAGGCUAUCAACAGGGCACAAAUUCCUACAACUAAGGUUUUAGGGCCGUUCAUAGUUGACGUCACCCCGCCAGCGUUCUCAGGCUUGAUCGAAGUAACGAUGGAAGAAGAGGAUGGGGCUCAGUCAUUGGUUGCAAGAUGGGACUCUAAACCGACGUCGGUCCACGACAUCGACGAUACAGAGAGGCUUUACAAGUUCGAAUACUCUGUUGGCCAUCACCCUGGUACGACUGAAUUACUGGAUUUCGCACCAUUGCCGGCUGAUGACAGGUUCUGUAACGUCACGUCUCCACCGACGUGUGUGUCCAUCCCGAUAUCAUCCCUGGACUGGCAUCUUCACGGCCAGCACACGUACUACGUGUCCGUCCGGGUGGAGAACGCGGCCGGCCUCAGCACGGUGGUGACGUCACAGCCGUACGUGCACGUUGUGGGCGUCCCGUCACGGGGAGUGGUGAUGGAGCUGGAUCCAGAAGCAGGAGAACCCUCUGUCCUUGGGCGCCCUGCUGACAUAGAUAUCCAGAGCAGUACUGACACUAUCAGCUGCGCAUGGCUGGGGUUCGCACAUCCACAUCAGGACGUCACCUAUCAGGUGGGCAUCGGUACACAGCCGGGGCUGGCGGACAUCACGUCAUUCACUUACAUUGGACAGAACACCAGCUUCACAGCCCACAAUCUGCAUCUCAAAACGUUUCAGACCUACUACGUCACUGUCUUAGCUGGUACGGAAUCCGGAAAUAUUUCAGUGACGUCAGACGGUGUAGUGGUCUUGAAAGAUGAUGACGUCAUCAAUGCGACGGAGGUCUCCGAUGGUCUUGGCUGCAACAUGGAUACCAACGUGACUUUCUUCCAUCACGCUAACCUCAUCAAUGUUGGAUGCCCAGAAGACAAAGAUUCCCAGAUUUCUACGACAACCGUUGAGGCCCGUUGGACCAUUCCCGACACCGUGAAGACAUUCGUGCGCAGAGUUGAGUGGGCUGUGGAGAGGGAAGCGACACUGGGCGGGGUGCCAUCAUGGACACGAAUCACAGAGUUCAGGAACAUGCAGAUGUCCAGUCAUGGCAGGUGGACAGGACUGUUCCUUCUCAACUCGAAUCGUUACCGGUCUGUGCCCGCACACAGUGAUGGGUUCACGGUUCUCCACAACCCGCCGACCCCGGGACAGAUCUGCUCUGUCGGUUACAACAGGACGUCAAAUGUAUUGGCGUUCACCUGGAACAAGUUUGGUAAUGUGGACACAACCCAGCCGACGUUUGAGGAUCCGUCCAUACACUAUGAGUGGAACUUGGCAACGGAUAUGUCUUCGAAGGGUUCGGCCUAUGGUGACAUCAUUUUAUCCUGGCAAACGAUCCAGACAAAGAUGGUGGCUGAAGGCCAACUCACCUAUGAGGUAACAUUGGAUGAUGAUUUAGACUUCACCCAUUGCCUCCGCCUGCUCAUCCGAGGGUACAACAGGGUGGGUCUGUACUCUACCGCCGCUCGGGACGUACUGGACUGUGAUUCACCCGACCCGAGCCUCAUCACUCCACCGACAGUGAUAGAUGCAGUAGGGAAUUUGGAAUUAACAUACAUGAGUGAUGUUUACCUCCCACAAAAUGAUAAGUGGCCGCUACCCGAGCAGGAGUUCACGCCCGCCCGUGACAAACUGUCCGCGGUCUGGCCGACACUGCGGCACGGGCACUACCGGUGGAAGGUGGUGUCUGAUGACGCCAUUCACAACUGGGCCUAUGUCGCCCCCCGUCACGGCCUGAAGUAUUCUGAUUACGACUGCAGUGCCCCACAGGUUUUGGCUUGUAGCGAAACUGAGGAAAACUUUGUGAACGUCCCAGACAUCGAGCUGUUACACGGAAGCAGGUACCACAUCUGUGUCCACGCGAACGCGACAGUUUUGCAUUUCGAGUUGUUCGACCAGCCCCUAGCGGAGGUAGACUCCUGUUCUAACGGUAUCACCGUGGAUCUCACACCUCCACUGCCGGGGCACGUGUGGGUCAAACACAAGGACAUGCGAUUCCAGACGUCAACGUCAGAGAUGAUAGUCUACUGGGACGCGUUUGUUGACGUUGAGGAGCACGGCAGAUCGUCUCAUCAUAGCGGGAUUCACAAGUAUGAAGUUGCUGUCGGUACCAGUCCAAAUGGUGUCGACAUUCAGGACUUUAUGGAUGUUGGCGUUACGAACAUGGCAACAGUGCAUGGCCUCCGGUUGUACUCUGGACACACCUACUAUGCAACUGUGAGAGCGACUGACUAUGUAGGCCUGACCGUGACGAGCGUGUCCCGGGGAGUGACAGUGGACGUCUCGGCACCUGUUGUGACUGAUGCUGAGAUAGAUGUAGGAGGCCGGUACCUUCUCUCCACGUCAUCGGUGUCAGCCAACUGGGAUAGGGUCUUUAUAGAUCCUGAAAGUGGCAUGUCGUACUAUGAGUGGUGCGUGGGAUCCCAGCCAGGCCACUGUGACAUGAUGGCGCUCACCAGGACAGAGUUAGAGGAAGCCAUGUCAGACACCGCGUUGGACCUACAUCUGCAGGAGGGACAUGCGUAUUACAUUUCUGUGAUGGGUUACAAUGGAGCCGGUCUGUCGUCCUCUGCCUGCUCCUGGGCAGCGGUGGUGGAGACGUCUCCUCCCGCGGCAGGGUUUGUGUACGACGGUGGGUCCGGUGGGGACAGGCAUGAUGUGGACUUUCAGACGGACACAGAAACCCUGCAUGCCUGGUGGGAAGGUUUCCACGACCCCCACACGGCUCUCAUUGGUUACUCGUGGAGCAUCGGCACAUGUCCCGGAUGUGAUGACGUCAUGGAGGCUGAAGAUGUCGGUUUACUUCAAGAAGCAUCUGUGGAGAACUUGAGACUCGUUUCUGGAAAAAGGUACUACGUCACAGUGGUGGCCUGUAACGCAGCCGACCUGUGCUCCUCUGCGACUUCCGAUGGUGUCAUCAUGGACAACUCACCUCCAGUGGUGGGGACUGUGUCUGAUGGAGUGGACGACAUGGACUUGUCUUUCCAAGCCUCCAGGACAUUCCUGGGAGCUCACUGGUUCGGUUUCCACGAUCCUCAUUCCGGUUUGUCUCACUAUGAGUGGCGUGCAGGCACGACACCUGGCGGAGAAGAUGUGUACUCCACCUCAAGACUACAUCUUACGGAGAUGGCGUAUAUCUCCCGUGUUGACCCACCUCUGCCGAUUGGUCAGGCAGUCUACGUCACGGUUAGGGCUUACAACAAAGCAGGGCUGUAUGUGGAAAGAUCGUCCAAUGGAGUCACAGUUGACGACACACCUCCUGUUUUUGUUAGCGGGCCAUCGUUUGACUUACAGCAUGGGUCAAUAGUAGCUGAAAGCCAGGUGUGGAGAACAGUGCUGUCCGUUACCUGGGAGGUCAGUGACCCCGACAGUCCUCUGGAGCGGCAGCACCUGUCAGUCUUCACUCAUCACCAGACAGACGUGGACAUCGAGCCGGUACAGAUUGUCGGCUCCGUGCGGGACUACAAGUUCACGAACCUGACCUUGCAUGACGGGAACACCUACUCUGUACGGGUGGUCACGUGUAACAUGGCGCGGCUGUGUGCGUCUGCGGAGACGCAGGGACUUCUGAUCGACGCGACUCCCCCGACCGUGGGUACGUUUGCUGUCCACACGGAGCACGCGGCGCAGCUGUCCCGUCACCAGGACAGCUGGAUGGGGUACCAGCAGCAGAACGGAACAGCCCCUCCUCACGUCAGGCUGGCCUGGCUCGGCUUCUCCGACAUCCAUACCGGCAUCCAGAGGUAUCACGUCACCGUCGGGUCAGAGUUCAGCGGCAGGGACCUAUCGAACGGUGAAGUGAUCAUUCCCCAUCAGAACGGUACAGCUCACGAGGAUGAAGGUGUCAUACAGACAGCUUCAGUCAACAUCAGCAGGGACCUGACUCCGGGGGAACAUGUCUACAUCUUGAUGUGGGCUGUCAACAAGGUUGGGCUGGAAAGUCUUGAGGCACACGAUGCAUUUGAAGUGGUACCGUCCGGCCCUCACAGCGGCGUCCUGUCAUUGGUCAGGAGAUGUGACGCGGAGUCUUGUGAAGGGGACUGCACAUGCGCACCACAGAAUAAAAAGUGUGAACCACUGGGCAUGGGCUGUAGCACUGUUACAGACUCGUCCAAGUACCAGCAGGUCCUCGUGUAUGACGUAACAGACAUGCGCAGUCAGCAGGCUGUGGAUGCUGACGUCACGCCUUCCCAGUGUGCACUAGCGGCUCGAUGGGAAAUCCUUCCAGGAGAAAAACAGAUAAAAAGGUUUGAGUGGAGCGCAAGCCAGUUUGGUGAAGAUCUCGGAACACUUGAGAUUGGGACUGAAAGGAUUUGGUUUGAUGUAGGACUGAGAACCAGGGCUGUGCUGAGUCUUCCUCGAGACGUAUUACUUCUCCAGCCGGAAAUUAAGUACGUAUUCCACGUGCGGGCCUGGUACGGCAGCCACGAGUACAUGGACUUCCGGUCGGACGGCAUCCUGACAGACUUCACUCCACCCGCUGUGUCAAAGUCAAGAAAGGUGAAUGACCUUUCGGACGUUGGCCAGGUAGUUGACGUUGACUUCAGUAACAGCACGUCCCAGCUGGGUGUGGGGUGGAGGAACGUCUUUAUGGACCAGGAAGUGGGCGUGGCGUAUUUCCUGGUGUCUCUCAGCACUUUUCCUGGAGGAGAAGACAUCAGUCCGUUCAGCCACUUCAACCUAUCUUCUACUACGGAUGAAAUCCUGCUCCACGCCCUUACACUUGAACCCAAUGUGAGGUACUACAGUAACGUCAGAGCCUUCAACCGUGCAGGGAUGCACACAACGGUCAGCUCCGACGGGUUCUUGGUUGAUAUAGAGAGCCCCACAUCAGGGGUUGUUCAGGACGGGUUGGGUGUCCAUGACGCGGACUACCAGAACAGCAGCUGUCGUGUGGCGGCCACCUGGCGAGGCUUCUCUGACCUGCAGUCCUUCAUACAUCAUUACAUCUGCUGCUUCGGCACCGCACCUGGACGUGAUGACGUCUCACCUUGUGCAGACGUGGGGCUGAGACUGUCUGCAGCAAGAGACGUUCCGUGCACUUUCAACAACGGUAUCAAGUACUACGUGACCGUGUACGCUGUAGACGCGUCUGGUCUGUGGUCUCCUCCAGCCUUCUCUGAUGGAGUCACUGUGGACACCACAGCCCCUUUACCAAUGGAGAAUGUUAGCUUCGGGAACAACCUGCUACUUAACCCUUCUUUUGAAGACUUGCAGAGUGAUGGGAACAUUGGACUCCCGGUAUCAUGGUUGACAUCAGGAAUCGCCAACGUCUCUUCCCCGAGUCAAGCCAUCAGCCAAGAUGGCCGCAGCUACCUCCUUCUCCUGGGGUCCGUUUCCCAGGCUGUCAGCACGACUCCAGGAGACAAAUAUUGCCUCACCUUCCACGCCUCACCCGUCUUCCCUUCCCACACUCCGGUCCUUUCUCAAGAAGGGUAUGUGCAAGGUCCCGGCAUGCACCGCGUCUUCAAACUGUACCAGCGCCCGUCUCACCUGGAGGGCACACAGCUGCAGCUGGACACGAACAUCACCUGGCACUGCCACGUGUUCUACUUCACAGCCCUGCACACUGUGUCAAACAUCACUAUUGGUUCGGCAGGAGUCUGGAACGGCAUUGCACUGGACAAUGUGCAGGUUGAGAGAGUACAGCUCGGUCCACAGCGCCCUUCUGCUGACCCCAACACCACCGCCCCCAAGCCCAGUCCUGUCCGCCUGCACACCCGGUUCGUACACAGCUGGACAUCCGUGCACGCCGCCUGGGACUUUGUGGACCCGGAAAGUCCCAUCAUAGACUACAGCUGGGCUAUCGGCACUGCAAGAGGAGGAACGCAGCUACAGGUCUUCAGAUCCGUGGGAAGAAACACGCAUGCCCAGAACAGUCACAUCCGCCUGGACCAUGGAGCCUUUCUCCACGUGACCGUGGUGGCAGAGAACGCGGCAGAGCUGCGGGCAGUCGUGUACUCGGACCCGGUCCUGGUGGACCUCACGCCGCCGGUUAUCUCUGACGUGAAGGACGGAAGUCAGAUUGAGGACUUGGACUACCAAAACACGUCCGUUUUUUCCCUGUACUGGGUUGUUCAAGAUGACGAGAGCGGGAUAGACUUUUGUGACUGGACAAUCGGCCUCUCCCCUGGCUCCGGGGAGCUCCAGCCUUUUGUCCGCCUGCCGUCUGUCCUGCCUGCCGUGUGUGACCUGACUGGUAACCUGACCCACGGACAGACGGUCUACCCAACGGUCCGCUGUACCAACCAUGCCGGGGUGUCCUCUCACGUCACGUCAGACGGCGUCACCGUUGUACUCCAACCUCCUGAAAGCGACCGCGCUAUAGUUCAGACGGUGACGAGUUCUUCAUCUUACUACCCGAUCCGGGGUCAACAUCAGGCCGCUGCUGAUGUCGUCCACGUGACCUGGUCUGGGUUCUUCGAUGAGUCUGGUAUUCACCACUAUCAGGUCCGGAUGUUAAGCCAGGAUCUGCUAGACAUCCCCUGGACAGAUGUGGGUUUGAAUAGUGAGACCCAUGUCACCCUGAUGGGACUUCAUCUCCGCUCCUACAACAGGUACAAGGUACAGAUCAGGGCUGUCAAUCAUGUGGGUGUGGCCAGUGACGCGGCCUUCUCAGAAGUCGUCAUUGAGACUGAGGAGCCACAAGUGAUCGACUCCACCGUCCGGAGCUGGUGGCCUCAACCGUCGGUGCUGCAGUUGGACUGGACCGACGUGUUCGUCAGUAACUCCUCCCUGGUGUACGAGGUGUCUGUCGGGACCGCCGGCGGAUGUGACGUACUGAAGUGGGUGGAGACAGAACAGACCCGGAUGAGCAUGGACAAUGUUGAUAACAACAAGGAACACUUUGUUGUCAUCACUGCCAUCAACCAAGCUGGACUGUACUCGGGCCAAAACUUUGUUCUGUCGUAUCCAGGAAACGGUUGA